ACUGAUACCGAUUAGACCAUGACCGAUACGGGCUGCCGAUUUCCUUGAGCCGAUGUUUGGAGCCGAUACUGCUUUUGCUCCCUCAAUUUACAUCCUAAAUAUGACACUGAUGAAGAUAACAAAUGUUACAAGUCUCAAUUUUAAAAAGGAACAUUUAGUGAACUUAAAAAAACAAUAUUUAACAAAUAGUAAAAAUAAGUUCCAGUGUGUGUUUGAGGGGAUUGCUAAAGCAGGAAACCCAACCCUUCUGAAUCAGAUGUUCACAGAGAUCUACAUCACAAAGGGAGGGACUGCAGAGGUCAAUGAGGAACAUGAGGUCAGACAGAUUGAAACAGCAUCCAGGAAACCAGACAGACCAGAAACAACAAUCAGACGAGAAGACAUCUUUAAAACUCCACCUGGAAGAGAAGAAUCAAUCAGAACAGUGAUGACAACAGGAGUGGCUGGCAUCGGGAAAACAGUCUUAACACAGAAGUUCACUCUGGACUGGGCUGAAGACAAAGCCAACCAGGACAUCCAGUUCACAUUUCCAUUCACCUUCAGAGAGCUGAAUGUGCUGAAAGAGAGAAAGUACAGCUUGGUGGAACUUGUUGAUUACUUCUUUAGUGAAACCAAAGAAGCAGGAAUCUGCAGGUUUGAAGAGUUCCCGGUUGUGUUCAUCUUUGACGGUCUGGAUGAGUGUCGACUUCCUCUGGACUUCCUCAACACUAAAAUCCUGAGUGAUGUUACAAAGUCCACCUCAGUGGGUGUGCUGCUGACAAACCUCAUCAGGGGGAAUCUGCUUCCCUCUGCUCGCCUCUGGAUAACCACACGCCCUGCAGCAGCCAAUCAGAUCCCUCCUGGGUGUGUUGACAUGGUGACAGAGGUCAGAGGGUUCCCUGACCCACAGAAGGAGGAGUACUUCAGGAAGAGAUUCAGAGAUGAGGAGCAGGCCAGCAGAAUCAUCUCCCACAUCAAGAAAUCACGAAGCCUCCACAUCAUGUGUCACAUCCCAGUCUUCUGCUGGAUCACUGCUACAGUUCUGGAGGAUGUGUUGAAGACUAGAGAAGGAGGAGAGCUGCCCAAGACCCUGACUGAGAUGUACAUCCACUUCCUGGUGGUUCAGUCCAAAGUGAAGAACAUGAAGUAUGAUGGAGGAGCUGAGACAGAUCCACACUGGAGUCCAGACACCAGGAAGAUGAUCGAGUCUCUGGGAAAACUGGCUUUCGAGCAGCUGCAGAAAGGCAACCUGAUCUUCUAUGAAUCAGACCUGACAGAGUGUGGCAUCGAUAUCAGAGCAGCCUCAGUGUGCUCAGGAGUGUUCACACAGAUCUUUAAAGAGGAGAGAGGACUGUACCAGGACAAGGUGUUCUGCUUCAUCCAUCUGAGUAUUCAGGAGUUUCUGGCUGCUCUUCAUGUCCAUCUGACAUUCAUCAACUCUGGAGUCAACCUGCUGUCAGAAGAACAAACAACAUCAACAGAGUUCUACCAGAGUGCUGUGGACAAGGCCUUACAGAGUCCAAAUGGACACCUGGACUUGUUCCUCCGCUUCCUCAUGGGUCUUUCACUGCAGACCAAUCAGAAUCUCCUACGAGGUCUGCUGACACAGACAGGAAGUAGCCCAGAGACCAUUCAGGAAAUAGUAGAGUACAUCAAGAAGAAGAUCAGUGAGAAUCUGUCUGCAGAGAGAAGCAUCAAUCUGUUCCACUGUAUGAAUGAACUGAAUGAUCAUUCUCUAGUGGAGCAGAUCCAACAGGCCUUGAGUUCAGGACAUCUCUUCACAGAUAAACUGUCUCCUGCUCUGUGGUCAGCUCUGGUCUUCAUCUUACUGUCAUCAGAGAAAGAUCUGGACGUGUUUGACCUGAAGAAAUACAAUGCUUCAGAGGAGGCUCUUCUGAGGCUGCUGCCAGUGGUCAAAGCCUCCAACAAAGCUCUAUUGAGUGCCUGUAAUCUGUCAGAGAGAAGCUGUGAAGCUCUGUCCUCAGUUCUCAGCUCCCAGUCCUCUAGUCUGAGAGAGCUGGACCUGAGUAACAACAACCUGCAGGAUUCAGGAGGGAAGCUGAUCUCUGUUGGACUGAUGAGUCCACACUGCACACUGGAUACUCUCAGACUGAGUUUUUGUAAUCUGUCAGAGAGAAGCUGUGAAGCUCUGUCCUCAGUUCUCAGUUCCCAGUCCUCUAGUCUGAGAGAGCUGGACCUCAGUAACAACAACCUGCAGGAUUCAGGAGGGAAGCUGAUUUCUGAUGGACUGAAGAGUCCACACUGCACACUGGAGACUCUCAGACUGAGUGUCUGUAAUCUGUCAGAGAGAAGCUGUGAAGUUCUGUCCUCAGUUCUCAGCUCCCGGUCCUCUAGUCUGAGAGAGCUGGACCUGAGUAACAACAACCUGCAGGAUUCAGGAGUGAAGCUGAUCUCUGUUGGACUGAAGAGUCCACACUGCACACUGGAGACUCUCAGUCUGUCAGGCUGUCUGAUCUCAGAGGAAGGCUGUUCUUCUCUGGUCUCAGCUCUGAGCUCCAACCCAUCCCAUCUGAGAGAGCUGGACCUGAGCUACAAUCAUCCAGGAGACUCAGGAGUGAAGCUACUGUCAGCAGGACUGAAGGAUCCUCUCUGGAGACUGGACACUCUCAGCUGCACUGGAUUCCCCAGUCUGUUCUGUUCCUUCCAAAGGAAGAAGGAGGACAAGGACUUGUUCAUUUGGCCAGCAGGGGCGCUGCUUUCCGGCUGCAGUUCCUCCAGAGACUGCUCUAUGGCCCUAAGGACCUGGUCUGGAGACCUCUGGCCCACUGGGUGCUGCGUGUUCACCGUGUGGAAGCUGUUGGUUAAGGAGAGACGGCUGCAAGGUGACUCCUUACACUGGCUGCUGCAGGAACCGGUGGUGUACGGGGAACGGUUGGAUUACCCCUGCUGGGCUGGUUCAGCCAUCACGGACGCGUUCUGCAGAGCACGGAUGCUCACGCUGGGGACGGUGGUGGACAUCACAGGACCAAAACUAGACAAUGCUGCUGCUUUGGCAGCUGUUCUGGGGGUGAGAUCAGUCAGGAUCAUCACCAAACUGUUGGACCACUGGAAGAACAAACUGUCUGGACAUGAAUCCAUCAUGUUGGAGGAAUAUACUGGUGGUCUGACCACAUCUCAGCCUGAGGAUUCCUUCCCUGGUUUAUGUGUCCGUCCAUGUCUGGAUCACUAUGUUGGACGUUUUUUAGAUGUACAGCACUGCACUUUAGACAUGAAAGAGGCGAAAGGGAAGAGUUUUUAUAAAAUGAUGGUGCUGUGUUUAAACAAGAUCCUGGUGUUAGUAACAAAUGUCCUUAUUGUGAUGAGACAGAAACUGUGUUUGAAGAUGGCCGUGUAUGUGAGCAGGAAGAGGAAGGAGGAUGACUCUGUUGAUAUUGCUGAACUCACACUGGACACAAACACAGUGAACAGAAAACUCAAACUGUCUGACAACAACAGGAAGGUGACAUUAGAGAUGGAGGAUCAGUCAUAUCCUGAUCAUCCAGAGAGGUUUGACUGGUGGCCUCAGCUGCUGUGUAGAGAUGGUCUGACUGGUCGCUGUUACUGGGAGGUUGAGAGGAGAGGAAGGGUUGAUAUAUCAGUGAGUUACAGAGGAAGCAGGAGGAGAGGAGACAGUGAUGACUGUGUGUUUGGAGGUAAUGAUCAGUCCUGGAGUCUGAGCUGCUCUGAUGAUGGUGGUUACUCUGUCCUUCACAAUAACAGAGUACCAUCCAUCUCCUCCUCCUCUGUCUCUGGUAGAGUAGCAGUGUAUGUGGACUGUCCUGCUGGCUCUCUGUCCUUCUACUCAGUCUCCUCUGACUCACUGAUCCUCCUCCACACCUUCAACACCACAUUCACUCAGCCUCUCUAUCCUGGGUUUGGGUUCUGGUCUCCUGGUUCCUCAGUGUCUCUGAGUCCUCUGGAGGACGGAGAGUCUCCUCCUGUUUCUCACUGCUGAUCAGUUGAGUCUGUACAGGAUCACACUAACAGAAAUAUUUCAGGUUAUUGUUAUGAACUAAUGAAUGAACUUUGUAUAAAAUAAUUCAGAAUGAUUGAACAGAUUCCUGGUGAACAUUGUAAUCUUCUUCCACUUCCAGUCCUUUAAAGAUGGAAGCUGUGAUCAUGAAAUCGUAGAAAUGCCGUUGACUUGUGUCAUGUUUAGUUUUGAAUUCUGUCUCUUUUCACAAUAAAAGCAUCAAGUUAC